AUGGACAGCCUGAGCCCCAGCCUGAGCCCCAGCCUGAAGAAGAAAGCCACCGAGCAGCACUACAGGGCGGAGGUGAUGAUUGCUGGAGAGCAGCUCAGGCUUCGCCUCCACGAUGGGAAGCUCAUUAAGGACAGACGUUACCACCUCCGGACCUACCCCAACUGCUUCGUGGCCAAGGAGCUCACGGACUGGCUGAUCGACCACAAGGAGGCGCCGGACAGGGAGACAGGGAUCCGCCUCAUGCAGAAGCUCAUGGACCACUACAUCAUCCAUCACGUCUGUGAUGAGCACUUGGACUACAAGGACGCCAAGCUGCUGUACCGCUUCCGCAAGGACGACGGGACCUUCCCGCUCAGCAAGGACGUGAAGGUCUUCGUGAGAGGACAGAGCCUUUAUGAGAAGCUGGUGAGCGUGGAAGGGUCAAUUCUGAAGGUGAGAGAGGAGAACUCGGUGAAGUACCAGAGGACUUUCCUGGGCUGCGAGAUGAUUGACUGGCUGGUUCAGGAGGGAGAAGCAGAGAACAGAAAGGAAGCAGUGGAGCUGGGCCGGGCGCUGCUGGAGCACGGGAUCAUCCAGCAUGUCUCCAAUAGGCAUCACUUCUUGGACAGUGACAUCCUCUACCAGUUCUGGAUCAACUUUCGCCGGCGGCGGCGUCUCACAGAGCUGCUCAAUGAGAACUCCUCCCGUGCCCUCUCUGAGAGCCCAGACAGCCCCUUCUGCCUUCGCAAGCUCAACCCAGACCCAGGCAACACCAGCUUUCUCUCUGUCCAGACCUACAAGGAGAUCAAAGUUGCAGUUCGAAGGAGCAGCAUCACUUCCCUUGCUGGGAACUCCAACCCCUACUUCAGCACCACUCCCACGCUGGUCUUCCCUCCCGUGGCCGAGUGCAACCCCAAAUCAGUGUUAAAGAGACCGGUCAGCAAUGAAGAGCUCCUGUCCCCUGGGGCCCCGUACAUCAAGAAAACUCUCACUAUCGUGGGGGAUGCAGUGGGCUGGGGGUUUGUGGUCCGAGGAGGAAGACCUUGCCACAUCCAGGCAGUGGACCCUGGAGGACCUGCUGCUGCUGCAGGGAUGAAGGUGUGCCAGUUUGUUUUCUCAGUGAAUGGUAUGUAUGUUUUGCAUCUGGACUAUCAGACCAUCAGCAGCCUCAUCAUGACAGGACCCCGAACUCUGGUGAUGGAAGUCAUGGAAGCCAUUGAAUGA